AUGCCUUUCGGAGCGGUCACGGGCGGUUUUCUGCAUCGUGGUGCGUCUGGCUGGGCUCACGCCUGGCUGCAUCUUGUGCAGCUGUCACUGCAGGCGACAGCGAUGCUUCACCCCAACUUCACGCCCGACUUUCUGCUGGCCAAGAUGGGCGAUGACCCGGCACGUCCAUUGUUUCUUGCGCCACUGUCACGCUCCGAGGGAGUCGUGUUACUCCGGCGACUUUUCUAUGAGUGCUAUCAGCACACACCUGCAUCCAGCCGACCGAAGCCGGAUCUUCUUGGUGUCCAUUCCCUGAAAGUCACCCUCCUCAGCUACGGGCGUCAGCUUCUCAUUCGUGAGGAUCUGCAGCGCCAGCAAGGUCAUCAUCGUGCUUCCAUUGCCGGAAUGUCCGAUCUCUAUGGUCGUGACGAUGUGGCUGGCCCCUUGGAGUUCCAACGCCAAGUGGUUGGGGCCGUGUUGGAGGGCUUUCGCCCACGCCGCCCCCGCUUGAGGGGCGGGCUUCCGCCUACUGCUGACAUUGACAUCCAGCUGCCGACGGUGCCGGGUACAUCAGACAUGCCCUCCAUUGAGUCCAACCCUCUUCCUCAACCAGAACAGGACACUUCCAGCGGCUCCGAUGCUGAGGCUGUUGCCCCUGCCUCGCCCAUUCCACUGCCUCCACCUACGCAGGAGCUGCCGGAGGCUGUUGCGGAGGCUCUCUCCAUGACGUUGGAGCCCUUGCCACCUGAUGCUUCUUCUUCAUCUGGUGUGGCUGAGGAUUGGACUGAGGUUCAUGGUCCCGCGGAUGAAUACUUCUUCCUACUGAAUGGUGUCUCCCGCAUUGCACACAAAGCGCAGCCCUGCUGCUCUUCUCACCCUGCAUUCCAGCUGAAAGUUGCUCACCUGCAGAGAUCGUUCAGAGCAGGAUGUAGCGUUCGCGGUGUGGAGUUGGGGUCUUUUGGCUCGAACCUGCUUUUUUGGCCGCUGUCUGCAGCCAUGGAUACAUCCUCCAGCUACGACAGUGACUCCGCGAGCACCUCGUUCUCUUCCAACUUUCAUCAUCCACUGGAGGACCUACCUGAAACUCCGCGACGACCUGUGCUUCGCAUUCGCCCCAGAGAUUUUCAUGAACCAGAGCUGCUGUCAAUCCUUGGCACGAGCUCAUCCAUGGAACGGGAGAUCCUACUUCGUGAUGAGAUCACCCUCUGGGAAUCUGCUUGGGGUAGCGUUGACGUCAAUCAUCGCGUGCUCCUCUUCUCCGGACUACAAACCUGGCUGGCAGUAGCUCUGGGCAAUCGCGAGCUGCACCGCUGCGUCUCUGCGGCCUUGCAUCUGGAGAUGUGA